CUCUAUAUCUUACUGAAGCUACAGACACACAAAUCAAUAAGUAACAUUCAUUUCUGUUUCUUUUGAGAUGUCAGAACAUACUGAAUAUGAGCAGGAGACAGAAGGCCUUCAGAAGCAUUUAAAAGAAUUUGGACUUGACCCUGCUUAUUGGCUUCCGAAGUUAAAAGAAGAGUUGGGCAUUGUCUUUGUUCAAGCUUUGUCAUAUGUGGGAAAAGAAGACUAUGAGGAACUUUUACCGCACUGCAAAGCAAAUUGGGAGAAAAGAGCACUGAAGAAUAUGUUUAAAUUGAAACAUUACCCCUAUCAAAAGACUAACGCAUGUACAAAUAUCCAAAAUUUUGAAACAGAAUUAAAAGCAAAUUUUACAAGAUAUCCCCUUAUAAAGAGAAAAAUAAAUGAAUAUUCUGCACUCACUCAUUCACCCUUCAUUGGUGUCAUAGAAAGACUGGGGCUCAAACGUUUUUACCCCAAGAAACUGACAAUGUCUGACAUCCUGGUGAUUGACAAGUUCUCCUUACACAACUCUCAGCCAUCCAUAGAGCAGGAGCUUCCUUUUUGUUUUCUUCAAAAACUUCUCAUCGUUGACUACAGAGCAAGAGAAAUCACAAUUGAAACAACAGAAAAACAGUCAAAAUCCUCUCUAAGCAACCUUCAGAUGACAAGAGUAAUGAACGUGGAUGAUUUCUUGGAUGAAGACUGCAGUAUUCAAGGUGAUGAUAUUGCCACUGAAGAUCCAACAAGCCUUCACUUCAUGGAUGUCCAGAUGGCCGUCUAUCACUGUGUUGACAUGACCGUCUGGCAGUAUAUCACAUCCAAGUUGUCAUUUUGUCAGUUUGCUCUUCCUCUCUUGGUUCCAAACCCUUUUGACAAUCACAUUGAAUUUCCUUUAUGGUCGUUUCAACUGCUCAAGAAAAGCUGGAAGAACUUAAUUAAAUAAGAAAGUGGAUUGAAAGGAAGAAAUAAAAAUGUGUGUAAGACUCCUGCGCCAGUUGUUUCAUUUCUACGUUUAGGUCCCUGCUCUUCCUCCAAGUCACAGCUCUUAAAUGGCUUACUGAACAAAGGUAAGCACAACACUUUUUACCAUCGGGAUUGUAAGGGUGCAAGAGAGAAGAGUCUGUUCAUGGAUGGUGUUGUGGAGAUUUCAUGGUAUUGUCCGGCAAGUAAAGAGGACGAUCAGUUCAAUGAGUGCAUUGCAUUUAUGAAUCUGCGUGGAAACCCAAAAGAACAUGACAAACAAUGUGAAUUUCUGUUUGAAGUUUCAUCUGUAAAUGUUGCAGUUUUCAAAGAUUCUCAUGCAAAGGAUAGUAAAGGAAAAGAAAUUUUACACAAACUGUUGAAAUCACCAAUUCCACUGAUCUGUCUGCUUGAUGAUAAAGAAAAAGUAUCAAAAGUGAGUAAUGAGACUAAAGUGAAGAUACCACUUCUAAACAGAAACCAUGCUGAUCUUCUCCAAGAAUUGACAGCUUCCAUACAACAUCUCCUCGUCAAGUCACAGUGCUCUUUGAAUAUCCAGCAGUGUGCUGAUGUCGCCAAGAAACUUGGUGUUAAUGUGGAUGAAGACGAUAAACAAUGCAAAGAAGCCAAGGCUGCAGCAGAGAGCCUGGUGAAGCCAUUCAAAGGUCAACCCCUAUGCUCAGUUAAAGAGAAGUUCUUCCCUCUACAAGGAGAUCUGUGGCAGAACUGGUGUAAGAAAAAUAAAGAGCUCACCCGUCUACAAGUGAAGGAAAACCGAAGCCUUGAGCAGCAGAGAAGUGACAUUGAAAAUGAAAAAAAGAAACUAAGAAAAGAACAGUGUAGGAGAGCUGAUCCUCUAAAUAUGGUAAUGAAGUGCUUUAUUGAAAAUCUGAAUCCAAAGUCAUUAAAAAGUAAGAGACUCUUUCUUAAUUGGCUAGCGAGUGCUUUUGAUGAGUUAACAUUUGAUAAACGUUUUAAAAUAGAACAAGAGCUCUCUUUGAUGUGGUCACAAAUGGAGGAACUAAAAGAAAAAGGUGAAAAGACAGAUGCAGUAAAACAAGAAUUUGAGGAGAAAUCAGCAAUACUCAUGGCUUCAUCCUUUGGCGUAGAACAUGUGCUUAGAGAACUUGGUCAGAUGUAUGGGGCAGUAUUAACACAACAUGAGAAGAAAGAAAAAGUUAUGUCUCUACCAGAACUUGCUGCUGACCUCAUAAUCGCUGGAUAUCCCAUUGAGCUAAUGGAUGGAGAUGUGUCUCACGUUCCUGUGACCUGGGUGAGUGCUGUCCUUGAACAAGUUAUUGAGAAGCUGGGUGACAAAAAGAUUUUUGUCCUUUCAGUUUUGGGAAUUCAAAGCACUGGGAAGUCCACUUUAUUGAACGCCAUGUUUGGUCUUCAGUUUGCCACAAGUGCAGCCAGAUGCACCCGAGGAGCCUUCAUGCAGCUGAUUAAAAUCAAACAGGACCUGCUGGAUCUCAACUUUGACUACUUGCUGGUGGUCGACACUGAGAAACUUCGGGCUUUAGAGCUUGGAGACAAAGGCACACUGAAACAUGACAAUGAGCUUGCAACGUUUGUGAUUGGAAUUGCUAAUCUGACUCUAAUCAAUAUAUUUGGGGAGAAUCCAUCUGACAUGCAGGACAUUCUUGAAAUUGUCGUUCAGGCCUUUCUGAGGAUGAAGAAAGUAAAACUGUCACCAAGCUGCUGUUUUGUUCAUCAAAAUGUUGGUGAAAUAACAGCAGGAGAAGCAAAUAUGGUAGGAAGAAGACGGCUGGAAGAGAGACUGGACUUCAUGACUUGGAUAGCAGAAAAGCAAGAGGUGUGUGAUGUCACUCGCUUUUUAGAUGUCAUCAGGUUUGACAUCAACAGACACAUUUAUUAUUUCAGUCACCUUUGGGAGGGAAAUCCACCAAUGGCCCCUCCAAAUCCGAACUAUAGUGAAAAUGUUCAGAAACUGAAACAAAUGCUGCUUUCUGAGGAAAUGAAAGAAGGGAUCUUAAAGAUUUCAGAAUUUAAAACCCGUGUGAAAGAUCUCUGGUCUGCUCUCUUGGAUGAUGACUUUGUCUUCAGCUUUAAGAACACACUGGAGGUAGCAGCAUACAGACGGCUGGAAGAAGAGUAUGGGAAAUGGAGCUGGGAGCUGAAAGACAUGUUAAAGACUGAAAAUGAAUUGCACAACAGCAUUGAAAAUAAAAAAAAAAAAGAAAAGAGGAAUUAUGAGACACUUGCACAAGAAAUGGAGGAGUAUUUUGCUAAGGAUAAAGACAAAGACUUGAUGGUUCAGUGGAAAGAAAGGACUCGACUAAACUUUAAGGACCUGAAAACAGACCUGGUGAAAGCAGAUGAAAGAAUAUUGAAUGAGUUCAUGAAAAUGAAAGAGGGUGUCAGAAAUCUAGAAGAGCAGAAAGGGAAAUAUGAAGAAGAGCUGAUGAAAAUGAGCCAGGAGUUGGCACUGGAACUAAAAGGUAAACACUUGCAGGAUCAAGAACUUGAAAACAAAUUUGAGAAAAUGUGGACGGAGUGGGUGACUCGAGUGAAAGUGGAGAUGCCUCCUCCAAUAGAGCCACACAUAGAGAUGGAUGUGGAAAAAGUUCUUAAUGAGAAAUAUGACAUGAAAAUCAUUCGCUCCAGCAAAAACACAAAAUCAUACAAAAAGUUAAAAGAAAUUAAAUUAAAUGAUUUUUCUGUUUAUAUAAAUAUAAAACUACAAUACAAGAUUGUAAAUGCUGUCAUGUAUGUAUCACCAUUUAAGAAUGAUGAUCAGGAUCAGCAGUGCAUGAGUGACCUCACUAGCAGAAUAAAACAAGACAUUUAUGGUUACAUUAAAGAGAAAGAGGAGGUCAGAGUCAAUUACAUUCAAUGUUACAUUCAUGAAAUUGUGAUGAAAAUUGAGGAUCACGUCAAACUUUUUGACUGUAAUGGAGGGAGAUUUGACAUCAAAAAUGAAUAUCCUGCUGACAUGGCUUUGUUAUUAUGUGAAGAGGCAGUGAUACCGAGAUUUAAGGAGAUGCACUGCAUAUUUCAGAAAGCUAAUAAUCCCUUAGCAUAUCUUGACAACAAGAAGGAGGAGUACUUGAAAUGCUUUAAGUUGUUCAGCACAGGAGCGACUGCCACAACUGUGCUUGCAUUCAUUGUUGCUGAAAAACUGAAAUUAGCCAUCCGGGAGGAGGUUUAUAAAAGAAGCCUUAUCACGAUCACUGACCAAAUAAAAUAUAAUGACCCAGCUCUGAAUGGAAACCGAUCCAAUCUGGAGAAUCACAUCUUAUUGGCUCUAGUGAAAGAGCGAAACUUUAACAAGUUUAUGCAGUACAUACGGUCUCCAGAAGAGCAUUUUGCUGAGUUCAUUAAGACAUGAGAGAAGGAAUAUUUUGCACGGACAAAUGAAGAGAUCCUUUCGAUAUUUAGAGAUCACAUAAAUCAGAUAAAAGUAACUGUCUGUACAGCAUUUCUUAAGUCAGUUCAAAACUCAGAAACUGAAAAUAUUCAGAUAUCUGCCUG